AUGUACAUUGACGGUAUCACCCACGAAGAAGAUAAAUUCAACAAUUUUCUAACGAUUUGUAUAAGAACAGCGUUACACAUGCGAAAAGAGGGUUUUAUACCGCAAGACAAAGUAACGAUUUGUACAUUUAAUACAUUAAAUAGUGCAGUACCAUUAAUCGCAUCAUUUUUUACUGGAGUUAUCCCGUCAACAAUUGACCCCACAUUCUCAGAAGAUGAUUGCAAACAUUUUCUUCAAAUGCUGAAACCGAAAGCUAUUUUUGUCGGUUCAGAUUCAGUUGAUUUAAUUGUUAAUAGUCUUAAGGCUAGCAAUUUGAAAUCAAAAAUUAUUGUGCUCGGUCCUUCCAACGAUUAUGAAUCUUUCGAUAAUUAUUUAGCUCCAAUCGAUGGAGAAGAAUCAUUUGAGCCACACGAUGCCAUAAAUUGGAAAGACACUGCUGUGAUUCUGUUCAGCAGUGGAACCACUGGUAAACCAAAAGGAAUUUGCCUAAACCAUAGUUUCCUCAUCAACAGUGCUCAAAUGAAAAAGCACGCAAAAGGGGUGAAAGUACUAUUCUACUCAUCUCUGUAUUGGGUCACACAAGUCGGUUUAACUAUUGCAAACAUUCUCUAUGGAUUUAUCAAAGUGGUUUGCCCAAGAUAUGAUGGCCCUGCAAGCUUUUGUAGAGUUGCACAAGACUGCAAGCUGCAAGCUGUGUUCUUACCAUUUCCUUAUUUGGUUGAUGUAACAGAAUACUGUCAAAAUCAGAACAUAACCCUACAUUUGAAUGAAAUAACGAUGGGAGGAACACCAGUAACCGAAAAACACCUCCGCUUAGCAGCCGAAACGUUUCCAAACACCAGACUUUUAAAUUGUUACGGACAAACCGAAGUAGGACCAACAACAGCAUAUCCGAGACACGAAAAUUACGUAAAAUUAAUGAAAGAAAAGCUGUUUAAACUAUCCUGCGGUAAAACAGUACAAGGAGCUAUAAUUAAGGUUAAUAGUAAUUAGCAAAAUAGUAUACCUAUUGAAGACAACUUGCACCUAAGUUUCAUUAAAACCGAUUUUACCAGCAGCUUAAAGUGGUGAACCUCAGUUAGCAUUUUCAAAAAAGAAAACUGUUUUUUUGCAUAUGCCUGAAAGCAACAGUCAGCGAUACAUUAAACAAAGUAGGCAAUGGAAAGCAACAAUUGAAAUAAUAUUGACAAAUGUCAUUAGUUCGCAUUUUCUCUUACUUGGUGUAAUCACGGAUGACAAUGUGGUAACGAACAUAAUCGAAGUAUAUUUUGAAACGCCCUGGGAGCGAUACGUACGCACAAGGGGUGUUAAAUAUGCGACAGUAAAUCGUUUCCCAAAAAAAAAAAAUAAAACCCAAAAUUCUAUAAUAAUUCUUUUUGCCAUUAAAACAAACCCAUAAUUUAAAUACAAAUUUGUUCGAAUAUAAACCGUGUAUUUAACCGCAUAAAGGCAUAUCAUUCAUGGUCAAAAGAGUAACAGCUGAAGGUCGAGUCCUAACGGUUCACUUUAUAACGGGGAAGUACUACACAUUUCACCAUUUCUCACUACUGACUCCUACUUUCUUCUUUUUAUUCAACCAACAUUCUCGUACAUAUCUUUCUAAUCAUUUGUAAACUCUAUUCUUUCACCUAUUCGUUUUCGAAACUCCAUUAUCACAUUUUCUGACCAAUCAUUUACAUCCUUCAGACCUUGUCCCUUUCUCAAAUCCCGUCUCCUUCCAUUUUAUCAAUAAUGGCAAAUGGUCCGAGCCAAUUACUUCUCGAACUUUAAUCUAAUCUGAUCCCAUUGCCAGGCAAUAAAAUGAUCUCUUCGCUAAGUUUAAGCAUGGUUUAAGACCCAUGAGACUGCUAAACUUCAAUUUCAAUUUAAUAAGGUAUCCAAAAAUAUCAAUAUAAACAGUGUGUUCCAUUUAAAAAAUAAAAAAAAUUGAUGUCAAUUUCUGCGAAGCAAGAAGCAGCUUUGAUUAAGAGUCUACCUCAAAACUCAAAACAUAGAUGACCAUCAACUAUACAAUUUUGUAUCUAAA